AUGCAAUUUCAAACAUAUUUACAUGAUUUUUCUUUAUGCGAAAAGCAUUAUAACCAACUUAUUGCAUCUGAUUUUUUGCGACAAUUGCUUUUAGAUUCAAAUAUUCCUAAAAAUAAGCAUGUUCAAACUAAUAAACAGACUAAUGAAGUCAGUGUGCAAGUUAAUCAGAAAACCCAUGAGGUCGGCAUACAAGUAUCCGACAUUAUGUUGCAUUCUCUUAAAAACCUUGUUGGUUUUCUUCAAUCACAGCUAGAUUCGAAAGUAAGUGAGGUGGAAGAUCUUAAAAAGCGAUUAGAUUAUGUAUACAACUAUGUAAUUGAAA